GUUUCUCCAGAAUUUCUCAUCAAAUUGAAUUUUGACAUUUGGCUUUUGAGCCCUAAACAUGUUUAUCGAGAAAUAGCGUCCAAAAUGGCUGAAAAAAUGCGACCAAUUUAUUUUGGACACCCCUAGAUUUCUCUCUUGACAGCUGUUUGUUUAUUUAUUAAUACCCAAAAUGAUUAAAUUAAAUUAAGAAUACCCAAAAUGUAAAAAAAUAUAUUCAAGUUGAUGCAUUAUGAACAACACAGUAAAAAAGCGCAAAGUGGCGCGCUCAGAGGAGGUGAUAAACAAUUGUUUACAUGCAAUCAGAAAUGGUAUGGCAAUCAAAACAGCUUGCCGACGGUAUGACAUUCCAAGAUCCACUAUCAAAUUCCGUUUGAGCAAACGCUAUAAACAUCAAACAAGACCGGGAGCUGCACCGGUACUAGACCAAGCGGACGAGCUUGAGCUUGUGGGAUGGAUGAACAAAAUGGCCCGUAAAGGAUACCCUGUUACCAAAUACCGAAUCAUGAACCGGGUAUCUCUUUACCUCGAAGAGCAUCCGGAAAAGAAUCGAUUCAAGACAGGGAAGCCAAGUGAUCGAUGGUAUAGUUGCUUUAUUGACCGUUACCGCUCUGAACUGUCUAUUCAAAAGUCAAAGAGUGGCACGAGAGCUAGUGCGAACGUAACCAAGUCCGACAUAAGAAAAUGGUUUAACGAGGUUUUAGGAAUUCUUCAUGAAGAGGAGAUAGCUGACAUUCUUACGGAUCCAAGAAGAAUUCUCAACGGCGAUGAAGCAUGUUUCUACUUGCAUCCCACCAUCGACAAAGUGAUUGCUAGGCGAUGUAAGCGGAACGUACAUAAAAUUGAGCAGGGGUCAGCAAAGGAAAAUAUUACUGUGAUGCUCACUUGCUCUGCCGAUGAUUUAAUGUUUCCUCCUAUGGUAGUAUUGCCAUAUAAAAAAAUUCCUAUGAAGGUUACAAAAGAAGUUCCCGCUGAAUGGGGAUUGAGCAAGACAGACAGUGGAUGGAUUCAUAAGGAAUGCUUCAUGAAAUACAUCAAACGCAUCUUGCAUCCUCAGCUUGUAAAAGCAGACUUGCUUCCGGUUGUUUAUUUUGUUGAUGGGCACACUUCGAACACACCAUGGGAAAUAGCAGAAGAAUGCAGUAAACUUGGUAUUAUCCUCGUUUGUAUGUAUGCAAAUUGCACAAAGGUUUGCCAGCCUUUGGAAGCUGCAGUUUUCAAGUCGCUGGAAAUGGCAUGGCUGAAUGUUAUGAAUGGCUGGAAAUUCAGCAACCCAAAACUACACGUCAAAACGGAACAUUUUUUAAGUCUUCUGAAAAACGCGAUGGAAUCGGUCGAUGACCGCAUUGUACGGGAUGGGUUUGAAGCAUGCGGCUUGUUUCCUUUCGAUAUAAAUAGCGUGGAUUUUUCCGAAUGCCUCGCUGACAACUAUUUCGAUGCGGAUCAGAACGAUUCGCCGGAAACCGAAGACUACUAUGAGAUGGAUGAUACCACAAUAAGUCAUUCAAAAACAUUCCCAGUAAGUCAUGCCGAUGCAAAGGAAGUACUUGACAUGAUGGGUCUUUCCCGACGAAUCCGAUACCGGAAUGAAAAUGACAUGGACUUCAUCUCGGAGGAAGAUCAGAUUUUGGCAAAAGUUUAUAGUAUGCUGAAAACGCUGGAUGCCGAAAAUGAAAUGAUUGGAGGGCAUUUUCUUGACGAUCAGGCUAUGGUCGAAGAAGCGAUUUAUGAAAGUGAUGUUGAAGAAAAGUUGAAGAUCGAGUUUGUUCCAAUGGACGCGUCAUACGAAGCUUAGGGAUACAUCAAAGGCUUGUGAUCAGAGUUGUAAAAAAUCGAAGCUUAUUUUUGACUGUUGAGAAUGAAUGUGUUGCGGAUCGUGCUGAAUGGAAUAAAUAAAAUUGCUCAAAAA